CUAAAAUGUAGAUAUAAUAGCACAGAGCAUUGACCUGAUUUUGAUCGAAAAGGGAAGCGGAGAAAAGAGGGGCAGUGGAGCAAUAGCUGCUUUAUCAUAGUAUUUUAUAACUCACUCCGCAGUGUCAGUCGCACGCCGCGUGGCGAUGAAAGCCAAAUUUCCGGCUAUGAAUUCGAACCAACUUCAAGCCAUGACGUGCGUAUUCUUUGUAAUCGCAAUUACUUGGCACAUUUUUCAAAGCAAUAAGGAAUUGACGCAACUGAGGAAAGUGGUAUUUGAACAAGAAAAGGAGCUAGUAAAGCUGCGAGAGAGCCACGACUCCAUGAAAUGGUCCAUGGACUCUUUAUGGGUGGACGUUAACCGCGAAGCCGCGAAUCUGGUUCAGACAGAGGACGAUGUCUAUUUAAAAAACUUGGUGAACCAGGCAAAAAGCAUGGUGGACUUCACAAUGAUCAACGAAACAGCCAUGAUGGAUCGGGCUAUUAAAGAGCUCAAGCAAUACGCGCAGAGUGAAUUAACAGAAAAAACUGGCGGAGGCUUUGAAAAUCAGUCUAUUCAAAGCCUGGCAAAUGACAUACGAAAGUUUGCGACGGACUUUAUAGAAUCCAAAUUUCCUCCAAGCGUCAAGAAGUGGUUUGUGUAUUACCCGGCUGAAGUGGCGAGGAUAUCUAAAUUCGUGAGGGAUGAAUCAGAGUUGAUAAAUUACCUGCGGCGUGAAUAUUUCGUCAAGACAAGUAGCCCUGAAGAUCCAUACGUCCUGAACCAGCCACACAAAGAAGACCAUUCUGGUGGCAUAGUGCUCAAGUACACCAAUCUUUUCAACAAUAAAAAAAGUGGUUCCUUCAUUGAGUGUGGAGCUGGUGACGGCGAAAACACCUCGAGUACUCUUUAUCUAGAACGCCGUCUACAAUGGUCGGGUAUUUUGGUUGAAGCAGACCCUGACAACUUUGCAUCGCUUAUUAAAAAGCAAAGAAAGUCCAAUCUCGUUCCAGCGUGUAUUACCGCCAAAGACAAGCCUGAAUUUGGAAAGUUUACGGCAUCGCCAAAAGGUUACGUCAGAGUUAGCGAUAGCACGCAUCUCGACAGCAAAACUGGAAUUUACGUCCUUUGCUUUCCCCUGAAAACCAUUUAUUUAGCUCUAGAAAAGAAAGAGGUCGAUCUUUUAGUUUUAAAUAUUGGCAGAGGUGUGGAGGAAGAAAUUAUAAAAACCCAGCCGUGGAAAGAUAUAAAUAUUUCGGUGAUCUCAAUCGUCUACCCUUCUGGAAUGAAUGUCACUGAGCUAAAAAUACACAUGAGUCAAUUUAAUUAUAAUGCGACUGGAGAUGAAACUGGAGGUCCAUUAAUAUUUGUUAAAUAUAAUUUGAAUGUGUAAUAAGGAAUAAACUAAAAAGGUUUAUCAUAUAUUUUGUUGAAUUAUAAAAACUAAUGUUAUAAA